UUCUGCCGUCAGGUCGACCUCAGUUUGUCGCUACUGUAUUUAAAAAAAUAUCUACAUAAGGGAAGUAAAGCGAUUUUUACAAGAUUAUUGGAGUUACUGUAAUACUAUAUAUUUAUGACGGUAUUUAUUCUGCGUCACGCAAUAACAGUACGGACCUUCACCGACAGGUUUAGGAAUUUCAUGUCGCUCGACGAGUUGACAUGUAUUGGACCUAAUCCUCUUCCGUAGCCAUAUACCAUGGAGGUUUAGUGCUGUUUUUCUUGUUGUUUAUUAUAUCGUAUAUGAGUGUGAUGGCUUAUAUGAGCUCUAAAUGUUUCUUGUAUCGACGUUGGUUGUCAAGAUUAAGCGGAACUGUCCCUGCUAGCGACCGUGGUCAAAGAAGUUUGUGUCCGUGUCAAGAUGAAAGACGUUUUUCCAAGUGGGUCAGACAAACAAACUCUCCUUGGUGGAAUGCAACUAAGGGACUUUUCUCCCGGGGUGGUGGAGCAUCUGCAGAGCAGCAGACCUUGAAAGACAUCACUAAGAACAUGCUGGAGCAGAAGUACAAGAGAGUGGUGGUGAUGGCAGGGGCAGGGAUUAGCACUCCUAGUGGCAUCCCUGAUUUCAGGUCCCCCGGAAGCGGUCUCUAUGACAACCUGCAGCAGUAUAACCUGCCUUAUGCUGAAGCUAUUUUUGAAUUGGCCUUUUUUCAUCACAAUCCUGAACCAUUUUUUGCCCUAGCCAAAGAGUUGUAUCCAGGAAAUUACCAGCCUAAUCUUACACACUAUUUUGUGCGUCUGCUUCACGAGAAGAGUCUACUUCUCAGAAUGUACACACAGAAUAUUGAUGGCCUGGAAAGAUUAGCCGGGAUCCCCUCUGAGAUGCUCGUUGAGGCCCACGGUACGUUUGCCACAGCCACAUGUACUGUUUGCCGAAGAAAAUAUGAGGGAGAGGACCUACGCCCAGACUUGAUGAGUGGAGUGAUUCCUAAAUGCCCGACCUGUAAGGGUGUUGUAAAGCCGGACAUAAUAUUCUUUGGAGAGGAGCUGCCACAUCAUUUCUUCAAGUACCUGACAGACUUUCCCCUCACAGAUCUCCUGAUCAUCAUGGGCACCUCACUGGAGGUGGAGCCCUUUGCCAGUCUAGCUGGAGCUGUUCGAGGCUCUGUUCCUCGGCUGCUCAUCAACAGGGACUUAGUGGGUCCAUUUGCAAUGAGGAACACUCGACCCUGUGAUGUUGUACUGCUGGGCGAUGUAGUGAACGGUGUCCAAACAUUUGUCCAUGCCCUCGGUUGGACUCGGGAGCUGGAUGCUCUGAUGGCAGCGGCUGCUAAGAAAAAUGCAACAAUGACAAAUGAAGAAUAAUGAGAAAUAGAACAUUCAGAGGAUGAACAUUUCUCCAGAAGAUCACAUGGACCAAUUAAAACUGAUUUCAUGUAAAUGUAGGCACCAAUAAUAAUGGCCUCUUUUUUUUCUGUUUAUUAAAAUAGGAUUGCUCUGCUACGAAUUAAUUGCACCUCAGAGCUACUCACAGCACUGGAUCUGUUUAGUGAACAGCUGGAAUUGACUUUUGAUAAACUACCCAUUGUUACUGACUGUCAAACAUCAUUACAUAUAAUAAAAAUCAAAUCAGUAGGGACUUUUAA